AUGCAAAGUGGUAGGAACCUCAGAAAAUCUUCAGAAGGCAGGCACUCGAGGAACUUCUCAAAGAAGGAAGGAGGCGAAAAUGGAAGGGAACAAAAGAGGAAUGAAAAUUCGAGGGGAAAUAAUAACCAUAUGCCGAACGUGAAAAGGGAAGGAAAUUCCCACUCGACCAGUGACAGCAAGGCACAUGAAGAACAACAAAAAAAAGGAACUGCUCAUAAUUCAGGUUACACAAAAAGUGAAAAGAAUAAAAAAGGAAAUGCAAAUGAAGAUGGCAAUCAUAUGAACAUGAAGGAAAAAAACACAUCCAACAGUUUACCCAGGGGGGCACCAAAAGUUGGUGACGUGAAGGGCGCCACCAAGGAUGAAGCUAAUUUAGGAAAAAAAAACACAGUUAAAUGGGAAGAUGAACGGAAUGAUAAUUUAAAAAGAGGCCGUAAGAGAACAAUGGAUGCUAAUGACGAAAUGAAGGAACAACCACUAAAUUGUAAAAAACAAAAAUGUGAAAACUCCACAACGAUAGACUGUGAAUUAAGUCUAUAUGAUGAAUUCAGAAAUUCUAUUCAAAGUAAUGACAAAAAUUUUGUAAAAUGUUAUAUGAAGAAAAUCAGGAGUAAUUUUUUCUCCUACUGGAAUGAAUGCGAAUAUCAACUGAAGGAGCUACAAAAAAGGUACUUGGAGAAUGAGAAAUUAAUCAAAGAAAUUGUCCAGGAGAACAACCUCCUGAUGAAUGACGUGGACAAUGUCGCCGAUAAUUUAACAGAAGCAGUCGCAGGUGAAGGAGCGAACAACGAUCAAAAGAACGCAAAGGAAGACGCCCCCAUUGUGGAGCAUUCCACGGAAAAUUAUACCCCCUUAGAGAGAACCAAGAUGGAAAAAAAAAGACAAAUAUUAAACAACAUCCUAAAUAUAAAAAUGAUUUACAGAAUGAUCGAAAUGUACCUGUUCACCAUGAGACAAUUUUCCUACUUAUUGAAAGAAAAUAACAACUUUAUUUCUCUAAUUGUGGACGAAGAGAAUGUAGAAAAAAAUAACUACGAAAGAAUCAUUCGAAAUUUUUUAAACUUUGAAGCUAAGAAUUAUGAAAACAUUAAAAGGUUUACUUUAAAAAAUAAAAUGUUGUCUAUGAAUAAUUUUUUUAAAAACACCCAGAAAGGCAAUAAUUACUCAAAAGAUGAAAUGUCCCAUUUUUACACCUUGAAAUGUUUGGAGGAGGAAAUUUCAGAUCGGACGAAAGCAAAAGAAAAUUUACGAUUAUUGAUGAUAAAAAAGAAAGAAUGCAAAGAAGAAUAUGAGAAGCAUGAUCAACGGAAAGCCACCUCCUUGAACAAAUUAUCUCUCUUCACAAGUAGCAUCAAAAGUUUUAUCGAUAAGUAUUACACAGUGAAUUUUCCCCAGACGAAAUAUUUAUCAUCGGUUUAUUUUAAAAUGAUGCAUGGCCAAAUGGAGAUGAACUCCAGUAACGUUUCACUUUUGAAUAACAGAAGGCCGUUCAAUUUUCUCUUCCCCGUUAAGGAGCAGGGCGGCAGUAACGGAGGAAAUAACAGCGGCGACUACAGCCACGUCUACACCUACAUGAAAUAUGACGUUAUUACGCAAACUCGGAAAAACGCAAAAAAUGCUGAACCUCCCCCUCAGGAGGAUGUCCACGAGGAAUCUGUAACCAUAAACAUGAACACCAAAGACAACUUUGAUAUUUCUAUUUUGCCCGAUUUAACUUAUUUGAAAUAUUUGCAAAUACAAAUUGAAAUUUUCUACCUUCUCAAGUAUGAUUGCCUAGUGGCAAAGACAACUCCAGUUCAAUUCUUAGGGCUCAACGGGGGUCGUAGCCUACUGUCAGAUAUAUACAGCAACGAGGAUCACUUCCUUUUCUUCUCCGAGGGCGUAGACUCUUUUUACAAUUUUAAGUAUGGCUUUCCCUUCUUUUGGUUGAAUGCCAUGGGGGGCAAGCCGUGCGAAUCCGGCGCAGAAGGCUACAUGCCAGAAGGUAGCAGCAGUGGAAACACGGCCAGAGAGCGCCCCGCGAACGAUCAGCUGGACAAAAAUAAGCUCUCGGAAAUUUAUCAGUGGCAUCUGGGAAGGACCCUAGAUGUGUCCGUUUUUUUCUCCAAAAUAUUUACAAGAGCCCUAUUUAGGAUAUGGGACGUCUGGCAAAUUAACCACUACAAGCACUACCCCAAUGUCUUCCCCCCAUUUUCCCAUGAAAAACAUCUCGAAGCCUUAAAAAAAAUCCAGUCGAAUUCGUUGCAGCAAGUAUCAUACUUUGACAUUAUAACUGAGGAGGCGUAUUUAAAGGAGGAAAAGGAAAACACGGAGGAACGCAGCAACGACAACCUUUACGCGUGUUGCUGCAUUCAGUUGUACGAGCCCUACGUGAUCAAGUCGUAUAUCAGUGUCCCUUUCAACGGAAAGGAACCGUACUUUAGCGUAUUUUUAACAAAAAAGAAAACCCAGAAGCGGUUAAAGAAACUGCAAGACUACUUAAACACGACGCUUGUAAAUAAGCACUCUAAAGUUGAGGAUACCCAGAGGCAAAUCAUAUUAACCUUACAGCUGGCAAAACUGAGGGAGGGGGCACAUAAGUAUUACAAGUCGUUUAGCAAAAGUUCGACGCCUAUAUUUGAUGAGGAAAUAAGUUGA